AUGCGCGUUUCAAUUCUUGGAAAGGGUUGCGGCCGAGAAUUGCUGUUCCCGCCCAUACCCAGUAGAAUAGUCCACAGUUCCACAGUUCCACUGCCUCUCCCGCUUCUUCGUAUCCUCCCCGCCGCCGCAAUGAGGAACAAGAAGCCGGCGGCCGCUUCUUCAAAGACGAUUAUGGACCUCUUCCACCCAGCCAAACGCCCCAAGCUCUCUUCUCCUUCCAAACCCUCCUCCUUCCCUCCCACCAAAUCCGCCACCGAUUCUUCUUCUUUCUCCACCUCCGCAUCCCUCUCCGAUGACCAGAAGUCUCGCAUCGAGUUCAACAAACUGCGCGCUAAGUCUAAGCGCAACCUCAAGCACUGUUCUCAACUCGUUUCUAACUGCAGAGAAGAAGGUGUGGGUUAUGUGAAAUUGGAGGAGCUAUUGGUGGAGAAGACAUGGUUGGAAGCUCUCCCUGGAGAGCUACAAAAGCCUUAUGCGAAGAGCCUCUGCGGUUUCCUUGAGAAUGAGAUUUUGGGGCGGGGAGUUCCCAUAUACCCACCUCAGCAUUUGGUGUUUAAUGCUCUUAACACCACCCCAUUUGACAGAAUCAAGGUGGUGAUCAUAGGACAAGAUCCUUAUCAUGGCCCUGGCCAAGCCAUGGGCCUUUCCUUCUCUGUCCCAGAAGGAGUCAAGAUUCCUUCAAGUCUUGUCAACAUAUUUAAGGAACUAAAGCAAGAUGUUGGGUGUCCAGUUCCUUCUCAUGGUAAUCUUGAAAAGUGGGCCAUUGAGGGCGUGUUAUUGCUCAACGCGGUUCUUACAGUUAGAGAGCAUGAGGCAAAUUCUCAUGCCAAGAAAGGAUGGGAGCAAUUCACAGAUGCUGUUAUCAAAACUAUUUCACAGAAAAAGGAGGGAGUUAUAUUUCUCCUUUGGGGAAACUUUGCUCAGGAGAAAUCCAGGUUAAUUGAUGGGACAAAGCAUCACGUCCUGAAAGCAGCUCAUCCCUCUGGCCUGUCUGCACACAAGGGCUUUUUUGGCUGCAGGCAUUUCUCUCAAGCGAACAAGCUCCUGGAGAAAAUGGGAGUUCCCCAGCUAGAUUGGCAACUUUAA